GCCCAUGCAGGCGAACGGGGUGGUGAAGGCUGUGUGCUCUCCCAAGCGGUCGCCAAGUGUCGGGAGCGUGUCGUCGAGCGACUUGGCGAAUGGCGACGACCAGGCCAACGGCGGCGAGACGGCUGUGCCAGCACGCGUAUCCCCGGCUGUGCACGCCUCGCUGUCCGCGAUGCCAGGACACAUGCCUCCAGCGCCGGGUUCGCCACUGGCGAAGGCAGGGCCGUCCGCCGAUGGAGAAGGCAAGUCGCUGCUGGGUGGGACGGCCCUCGAGCUCGCUGAGGCCCCGCGCCUCUCUCUCGAAAGCUGGGAGUCGCUUGCUCGCUCAGAGUGGCAGCUGCGCUGGUCGCCGAGCUGGAGUAUGCAGGUGGCGGUCGAGGGCUCGUACUACGUCUCCUUUCGGCUGCUGCUCAAGAUCGACUCGGUCCGCAUGUCGGGCGCCCUCGUCGUCAACGCCGCAAACGACUUGCGACAGAUCGGUCUCUCCUUCGCCGAGCUGCCUGCGCUCAAGAUGAGAGUCGAGUGCACCGUCUCGUGGGGCACGCUGCCGCUGCCGCUGCAGGACUACAUUGGCGAGACCGUCGUCAACGAGUUUCGCGCCUGGCUGACACGAGCGAUGGUCCAGCCCAACGAGCUCGUCAUCAAGCCCGCCGCCUUCCAGCCAAAGCAGACCCUCACCGACGCAGACGUCGAGCGCGCGAUGCGCGCCGCGUCGAUGGCGAGGGAGCUCUCUGAGGUGCAAAACGAGACGUUGCUGUGAUGCUGGACGCCCAGCCGCGGGCUACCGUGUGUGUCGCGCCGUCGCCGCUCGAACGAUUGCCGGGCGCGCUGACGAGACACCGAUGUGUGGCCGUGCCGCUUGACAACAUGUACAUCAUGUGCGCGCGGUCGGUCGGUUGUGCCGGCGGCCCCGCUUAUGCGGCCGUUCGGUGGUUGUGGCAGCGGCUUUCUGCAGCGUGCUUGGGGGGCAUUGCGUCUUGUGUGGCGCCGCCAGGGUGGCGCCGCUGUGCCGCGGGAUUCUUACCCGCGGCGCGUCGCGCCGACGUCUUUUCGUGAAGUAUGUGAUGUUAAACGCUAAUGACGGCGU